AUGGUAAAACAAACAGCCAACAAUGCGGCGUCUUCUCCUUUUGUGUUAACCAGACAACUAUCAUCUCCUUACACAUCUAAGACUUCACCCUACACCACAAAUCACUAUAGCUUCACUCGCAAACACUGCCAACCAAAAAAACCAGCCAUUGAUGUUUUCACCAUUCCUGCCAGUGCUAAUUACACAACUUUAGAAGAUCUUCGUCUUGACCGCUCUACUCAACAAGUUGUUGGCAGGCUAAUCUGUUUCUGGGAUGCUCGCAACAUCAACAAAAAUGGAGAAUUUCUGGGAAUCGUACUACUUUUCCUCGAUGAGAGGGAUUCUAUAAUUCAUGGAUUCAUACCUGUCUCACUUGCAAACCAAUACAGUCAAACAUUAAUUGAGGAUGCCAUUUUCAACAUUGGAGGAUUUGAAGUUGGCAUGUGCACAAAGCUAUACAAGAUCACAGACCAUCCUUUCGUACUAUGUUUCAUCACCUCCACCACAAUUGCUCAGGCACCUAACGCCAGCCUUUCCAUAACGCAUGAAAUUUUUUUGCUCUGCAACUCUGACCACCUACAAGCUUUGGCGAACACAAAUCACGAACUCCCUGGUAAUUUAUACCUCAACUUCACAGCAGCAGCAAGAUUCUUCUUACACACAAACAUCCAUGCCAUCCAGCAGUUCACUCAAUGGAUGGGAAUUGAAGCCAGUGAACCAUUUGUGCGCACAGAAACAAAGGAUGGACUUCAAAAAAAGGAGAAGGUAUCAAUUGCAGAACUAUAUGAAUCUGUCUCCAACUCUAAUGAGCAGACACAAGAAGCUGAUUUCCUGUGCAAAGCACGAGUCGUAGGUGUCUUGCAAAGAAACGCUUGGUCUUAUGUUUCAUGUGCAGGAUGUAGCCGUAAAUUAAGCAGAUAUGGGAGUGACUUAUGGUGCAAUAAAUGUGUAGGUCGAAAUGUGGCAGGUGUUGCAAGGUACCGAGUAGAGCUGGCGGUUAAUGAUGGUAAAGCCAAUGCCACAUUUGUUGUCUUUGACACUGAAAUGAUGAAGCUGACAAACAAAAGCGCAGCUACUAUUAUCCUGGAAAGCGUAUCAAAAAAUGAGCUGCCACAAUGUCUACAAGUCUUGGCAGAUAAGGAAUUCAUUUUUCGAAUCCGUGUAACACCAUACAACUUCACUCUUAACCACCGCAAUUUCACUGUCUUAACAAUGACUUAUGCCACCACAUUUUGA